GUUGACCGUUUCCCAGGCAAAACGUCCGUGGAGUCGCAAGAAAGGCAGCAUCUCUCUCUCCGCCUCUCGGAAACCCGGCUUCCCCCCCCAAGACGAAGCAAGGAUGCCGUCCAAAUCCAAGUCAUCGAAGCGCCAUCCCUCCUCCGACCCUGCCGAACCCAAAUCCCACCCAAAUCCAGCAUCCUCGAAUCCAAUCGAAGAUCCGCCCGCCCCAGCUUCCGGCAAAAACCCUAACCCUAAAUCCUUCAAACCCCACAAGACCUCCUCCCCCACCCCGGCCCUCCCCAAGGCCCCCUCCAAAUCUUCCGACCCCAUGACGCCCGACGACCCCGCGGCCGCCUCCCCCUCCCGCAAGAGCGACCGCAAGCGCAAGGCCCGCGACUAUUCCGACGAUGUGCCCCCCGCCGCCAAGAGCCCCCAGGCUGGCCAGCGCCGCCUCGCCGACGAGAACGCCGUUGCCCUUCUCCGUGCCGCCAUCGACUUCCGCUCCCGCACCGGAUCCAUUCCGCUCCCCGCCAACAUGUCUGCCUUCUACGACUCCGUCAAGGCCUCCCUCCCCACCCCACUCACCAAGGAGCAGGUCUGCAACAAGCUCCGCCACCUCCGCCAGAAGUUCCAGAAGGCCGGCCCCUCGGGAUCCGGCCCCAACGACGGCCUCGUCCACGAGCUCUGCAUCGAACUUUGGGCCGCUGAGGAUAACAAGGAUGUUACCAAGGAUCAAAAGAAAGACAAGAAAGGCACCCUGGUGGUGGCCGUCGAGAAUGGGGAGGCAGCAGACGAGGAGGAGGAGGAGCCGGAGGAAGAGGGGGACGGGGAGGAGCGCGUAGGUGGCGUCCCGGAUUCCUUGCCGUAUGUGAGAAGUGCGGUGGCAGAGCACUGGAAGGCGAACGGGCUGUGGGGUGUGUCGUGGGAGGUGGGCUUGAAGCGAAUGGAUUCCUCCAAGGCGAGAGCUUUGGAGGAGAAAUGGAGGAGGCAGCUGGGCGACGAGAUGAGGUUCCAGAUGGAUUGGUGCAAGACGAGCAGGGAGAUUCUGGCGUUGCUGAAUGAUGCAUACAAGGGUUAUAAUAUGCCGCGAGGAAAACGUUUCAGAGAUAUCGAGUUUCAGCACACAUCCGUGGGAUCUACUUCUGAUCAUUUCCUGCGGUCCCAGCAGAACGACGAGCCCCAGCAGCCCGACGAGCUCCAGCAGUACGAGUCCCAUACUCAGCAUGAGUCCCAGUCUGAGCACGCGCAACCUGCAGAUUGUCCAGACACGGAUGACGUGGACAUCCAGGAUGGACUGGGGAGAGUGAGGAGAAUACGAGGGCCCACUCGAGCACUGGACGUGUGGACCCUAUAUGAGGAUGAGAAGUUCGUCGUCCAUUGCAACGAACUGGGGCAGCCCAUCAAGAAGGCUGCAAGCAUUUUAUCGACUUUUCUAGAAUCGGUUGCGCGGAAGGGUCAGUUGUGUCCGCUCAAUUAUACAAAAUGGAAUGAAAUGCUUUCUUCGUAUAAGGUUGAGCUUCUUAGAGUUAUUGAGAAAAAGUUUGUCCUUCCUGCAAAUAGCCAUGAUUGGGUGCUGAAGUCCGUCAAUCGCAAAUGGAAAGAAUAUAAGGAAAAGCUAAAGGCGGACUGGAAGCACGAGGGCAUGACUGAAGAGGAGGUGGCCCGUGUUUGUCCUCUAGAUGUAAUCUCUCAUCAGUGGAGGGGGCUUGUCCACUACUGGUUUUCUGAGAAAGCUCAGAUGGAUGAUAAUGAGAGGGAGCCUGGUAAGGUGGAGUUUGAUAAGAUGACUCAUACCCACCGAGAUGGCAGUUUUGUUCGGGAGGAGUCAAAAGAUAUUGUUGACAGGGCAACAAAUCUUAUUUCAGAGCGUGUCGGGGAGUCAUCAUCCGACGCGACCAAUUAUAUCGAAGCUCAAGUGCUCGCUAAAUUGAUGGGUUCAGAGCAUUAUGGUCAAGUGAGGGGUUACAGCGUUGGAGUUACUCCCACUCAGUUGUCUGCAGUGGGCAUGUAUACAAGAAAUGCCAGAGAAGAUAGUAAUACUGCAGAAUUUCGUCAUCUUCAAGCAACUAUUGAAGAGCUGAAGCAGAACCAAAAAAAUUUGCAGUCUCAGCUUGCGAAUAUUUUAUCUUUGUUACAACGAUUUCUCCCUUCUCAGAUUCCUAAUACUUCAAACGCUCCUAGAGAUAAUGAUAAUGGAGCUGAAUCCCGUCCCUGAUACCUUCUAGACUGUUUUUUAUGGAGUUUGAUAUGUAUAUAUUUCUUAUAUUUUUCAAAGUACAUUAUAAUUCAAAACUUAUUAUGUAAAUUUAAUUAGAUAUGACAAUAUAAAUAUUUCGAAUGAUCUGAAUGUUUGUGUCAAGGUAAAUGUAAUAUAGAUUCAUAUUGUUA